CGCUACCAUUGAUAGUCUCUCGACCCUCCAAGAUUCCUUCGCGCGACCGUCCAGCUGAGUAGAUCCCCGCGCUCGCGAGGUGAGCCAGGAUUUGAGGAGAGGAGAGCACGCGAAGACGUUUCACGCUCAGCUCGAUAAAACAUGCACAUCCUCGGCGUCCCGUUUGCGCUGCUUUGGCUUCUCUCCGGCUCUUCCUUCGCUCUCGGUGGGAAAGUCAACAAGCACAAGCCGUGGAUAGAGACCUCCUACCAUGGAGUGAUCACAGAGAACAUGGACACGGUGCUGCUGGACCCUCCGCUGGUGGCGCUGGACAAGGACGCCCCGGUUCCUUAUGCUGGGGAGAUUUGCUCCUUCAAGAUCUUUGGUCAGGAUGCCCCUUUUGAGGCAGUGGUGUUGAAUCGCACAUCAGGAGAAGGAGUCCUGAGAGCCAGCAGUCAUGUGGACUGUGAGAGCCAGAAGGAAUACACCUUCAUCAUCCAGGCUUACGACUGCGGCGCCGGCCCCGGUGGAGCUAACUGGAAAAAAUCUCACAAGGCUGUGGUCCACAUUCAGGUGGAUGAUGUCAACGAGUUCAGCCCCGUGUUUAGAGAGUCUCUUUACAAGGCGUCAGUGACUGAAGGCAAGAUCUAUGACAGCAUCCUGCAGGUGGAGGCUUGGGACCAGGACUGUUCACCGCAGUACAGUCAGAUCUGUAACUAUGAAAUUGUGACUGGGGGAACCCCAUUUGCCAUAGACCGCAAUGGUAACAUCAGAAACACAGAGCGACUGAGUUAUGAAAAGCAGCAGAGCUACAGGAUUAUGGUGUCUGCCUUUGACUGCGGUCAGAAGAAAGCAAAAGAGGAUGUGGCGAUUCACAUUGAAGUCAAGCCUGUGUGCAAACCCGGAUGGCAAGGCUGGAACAAGCGAGUGGACUACGAGCCGGGGACCGGAAGCAAGCAGCUCUUUCCCAAGAUGCACCUGGAGACAUGCGGCGGCCCGCUGUCGGGUGUGAAGGCCAUGGUGGAGCUGCAGACGAAUCACAUCGGAAAGGGCUGCGACCGGGAAACCUACUCUGAAAAGUCUCUGCAGAAACUUUGUGGGGCAGCCUCAGGCAGCACCGACCUCCUUCCUGCCCCGAGCCCCGCCACAAACUGGACCGCGUCCCUCCUCACCGACAGCGGGCGUGAGAGCGACCUCAUCUACAGGUUUGACGGGCGCCAGGCUGCAAAUGUUCCGGACCACGUGGUGCCCCAGAACCUGACGGACCAGUUCACUGUAGCAACGUGGAUGAAACACAGGCCGAGUCCGGGACUUAGAGCUGAGAAGGAAACCAUACUGUGCAACUCUGACAAGACAGAGAUGAACCGCCACCACUACUCUCUGUAUGUUCACAACUGCCGCCUGGUGUUCCUGCUCAGGAGAGAUUUCACGCAGAUUGACACUUUCCGACCCGCUGAGUUCCACUGGAAGCUGGAGCAGCCUCUGGAGGUGAACGUGACAAAGAAAUGCCAUCCAAGCAGCAGAAUGCAGCCUUCUGAGCAAACAACCUCCAGACUCCUCUCCUCUGUUAUAUUAUUCUCUUGUCAUUUGUUCUGUAAAUGUUUUUUUUUUCUUUUUUGCUUUCUGUCAUAUUACUACUUUCACUUUUUACAUUUCACACAUCAAACACAAACGGCAAGAACCGCAUAGGGUGUGUCUUCAUUUGCUCAUGUUCUAGCUGAAUAUUGCGUCGGAUACGGAAACUUCAUCCGGAGACGAGUUACUACGAUCGAGAGCGCUGGUUGGUGCCUGAAAUAGUUUAAUCAUAAACAGUUUUGAUCUCCAUUUUUAUGGACUCAGACUUCCUUUUAAUUUGCUUCUGUUCACCCUUUCGGAGUUUUAAAAGUCUACACCAGUUUUUGUCCAGAACAUGAACAUUUUCAAACAAAAGUGUGUCUUUUGGAAAGACCACCUCUGUAUGAACUGUCAGAUAAAAGGGGUUAGCCUGUGUUGUGUCAGCAGAAAGCUUCUCCACAAAGACAAAGUUCAUUCCCGUUUGUUUAGUUGAUCCCAUUACCAAUACAAGAGUUAUUAACAUAGUGACAAAUAUAAAAUGUUAUAACAGAAACCAGGUGACUCCAUGUUGCUGUUC